UAAUAUUUCUACGACUUCCACUAGGCCACUUGCAACUUGGCGAACAUUCCAAAAAUGUGAAAGUACUCAAGGUGAAUAAUUUUUUUUCUUCGCUUACUGUUAACAUACCUUUCAAAUUGCACGCAUAAUAGUUUGAGUGUGUACCCAGGUGUGAUGGGGGCCCAUAAGAAGGGUUCUAAUAAUGGAUCCUAUUUGUAUGAUCCAUUGUUACUUGAAGGAUUGGACUGGUCCUCUGCAAGAAACCUUAUGUCACCAAACAUAACAAGCACAGAUCCUGGCGAAGAGUGGCUGUGUGUUAGACCUUUACAAAUAACCGACCAUAAUAAAGGAUUUUUAACCUUGUUGGCACAACUGACCACUGUAGGAAAUGUUUCUCAACAUGAUUUCGAACGUCAAUAUUGGCUAAUGCAACGAUCUGGUGCUUAUUACGUCACCGUUAUUGAAGAUACACGAAGUCAAACAAUUAUUGGUGCUGCUACUUUAGUCACCGAGCUGAAAUUUAUUCACAACGCUUCCAUAAGAGGCAGAUUAGAAGAUGUUGUCGUUAACAACACUUACAGAGGGAAACAAUUGGGAAAGCUCAUUGUGUUAACGGUGACGCUCUUGGCGAAGAAGCUUGGAUGUUAUAAAAUGUCAUUGGACUGCAAAGAUAAUCUCAUACCAUUUUACAAAUCUAUAGGUUACAAGAUUGAAGCAGGAAAUUCUAACUCCAUGAUUAUUAGAUACGAGACAGCGCCCUCUUGACAAUUAGCCGUCAACACUGUUAAUACUAAAUCCAAAUUAUAAAUUAGUAUUGUAAUCUCUUGCAUUUUAAUCAAUUUUAUUUAAGACUAGUGAUUGACUGAAAAUUUAGUGCAACUUCUUCUAUAAUUUGAGAUGGGUUAGUCGUAAAGUAUUAUUUUUGUAUUUCAUGCGUCUUUACUAAGAUACCUAAAUCUUGUAUAUAAAUGCAGGAGAUUUUUUGGCUUAUUUGCUAGUUUUAUUCGUAUUGGAUUUUGUAUUAAUUGUGUUGGCAUAGCUAGAGGCACUUCGGAACUGCCAUCAAAUGUGCUUUAGUCAGUUUUUGUGUAUGCUAAUCUAUUAUGUUGUUUGCAAUUAAACAGCGAUUGUCUAAAUUAA